UUUUAAAUGAGUUUAGUAUAGCUUCACCUGUUUCACCUUUUGCACACACAAAAUUUAUUCGAUAGAAAUUCAAAUUGUAAUUUAGUAUGGCCGGUUUUGCACAGGAGUUCAUUACGUUAACCCCGUUGAAUUGUGUUAAAGAAUGUCGCGCUCUCAUUCAAACGCCCAAGCAACGAAAUUAUUUAACGACCGCCGCGCUUUUCGGACUAUAUUGCGGGGUGCUGCUUUAUCGAGCCUACAAGAAGUACCUGAUUGAAAUGAAGAACAAAAUGGAGAUCAUUGAGAUGCAGGCACAAGAGAUGCAAUCGGAGAACAGUUAUGUUCUUGACCCACCUCCAGUGACAUCGAAAGAACUGCUUUUGCCCCCCAUAAUCGAUCAGGCCGAGAUUAAUGCAGGCAGCUUUGAAUCGGCGCCCCGUUCCGAAAUAGAGCCCUUCAUUACUAGCCACCCCUUGUUGAAUACCAGCACUUGAUAAAAUACAUUUCGAACAGACAGCAAUUAAAGUCAAAAUUGGCGGAGUUUCAAAUAAAUAUGCGCUUCACAGAUUCAUAA